GUUUUGCACGAGGCAGUUCUGCAAAACGAAAGCAGCCGGCGCUGCUGCAAGCCUUUUCUGAACAACCACCGAAGAGGAAACUUCUGCUGCUGCUGGCGGGGGCAGGAUGGAGCUGCUGGGUGCUGUGCUGCUGGCCGCCAGCCUGCUGGGCACCGCUGCCCAGGGGGCACAGGCACCGUGGCCGGAUGAGCCCUCGCACACGUGCUUCUUCCAGACCCUCAGCAGCCCGGACAGCGAGUUUUGCAGGGGCGACUUAGAAGUCAUCUACCCGCAGCUGGGGGACGUGGGCUGCUCAUACAUCCCCCAGUGCCACCAGUACCGCUGGCGCAUCAGCAGGGAGUGGGGCAGCCCCCGGGUGCGCUACCCCCGGGCUGACAAGAGCAAGAAGUACGUGCUGGUGCUGGUGGACCCCGACGCGCCCAGCAGAGCCGACCCCAGGAACCGCUUCUGGAGGCACUGGCUGCUCGCCGACGUCCGCGGCACGGACCUGAGGACGGGGGACCUCAAAGGGCGCGUGCUGACGGACUACGUGCGCCCCACGCCCCCGCCUCGCAGCGGGUACCACCGCUACCAGCUCCGCCUGUACGAGCAGCCGGCCGGCCAGCACAUCGCCCUGGGCCCCGAGGAGCUGCUCUCGCUGGGUGCCUGGGCGAUGGAGAGCUUCGUGGAGACGUUUCGCCUCGGCUCCCCCGUGGCCUCGACGCAGUUCCUCACCAAGCACCACGAGGAUUAGCAGGGGUGGUUUAGCAACCCCUGGCCGGCAUCGCCAUGCGCUCAGCCCAGGGUGAGACCCUGGAAGCCCUGGGGUUGCUCCCAGCAGCUGCCCGAAUUUCCACCGCCCUGCAUUCACAAGCAGAAAGCCCAGCUCCCUCCUCCUCCAGAACCUGGGGGGGGGUCUCUUUCCCUCUGCUCCACACCAGUGUGGGGUUUCUGGUGCACCCCGAGCGUGUCCCAGCUCACCCAGCUCUCAGCUUUGCUGCCUGUGGCUCAUAAAAUAAAAAAUACGGAUGGAGUGCACUGGGAUGCUCCU